AUGAGAAUAUUAAAAAGAAACCUUGCAUCGCCAACAGUCAUUCUCCUAAUGGCACAGACGCUCUCAAUAAUCAUUGCAGUAGUCUCUGCAGAACGAGCCUAUCCGUUGGGAUGUUCGCAACAAGAUCGCACCUACUACGACUUUGAAAACUAUCCCUUUCCUCCACCCGAUUUCCCCAUCAAGACGACUGAUGAUUACAUGCUCACUCGUCGUUUGGGAUCUGGAAAAUUCAGUGAUGUCUUUGAAGCAGUCGACGUCCAAUUGGAAACGAAAUUAUUGUCUCCCAAAGGAGGCGGUCCUGCCACGACGAUUGAUCCACGGACCUUGGUGGUAUUAAAGUGUUUGAAACCAGUGGCUGAACGCAAGAUCAAGCGCGAAUUGCUCGUCUUGAGUCAUGUAUCCCAAUUGCCAAACUUGGCUCGCAUCUUGGGGGUGGUCAUUCCUGCCAGUUACAACCAUGUCGAUUUCAAAUACCGCGUCCAAGAAAUGCCCAGUCUGGUACUCGAGCAUGCAGGAUGCAAUUCGCAAUGGUUCUGUCACUCUAAGGAUCAUUUUCUGCCAGAAUAUGAGAUUCAAUACUUUUUGUGUCAUUUGUUGGUAGCCCUGGAUCAUUUGCACAGCAAGGGAAUCAUGCAUCGGGACGUCAAGCCUCGAAACGUUUUGAUUGAUCGGACCAAUUGGACGCUCAUGCUCAUUGAUUUGGGGUUGGCCGACUUUUAUUUGCCCGAUACGAAAUACAACGUGCGGGUGGCGUCGAGACAUUACAAAUCGCCCGAAUUGUUACUGGGAUAUGAGUUGUAUGAUUAUGCAUUGGAUUUGUGGGGAGUGGGUUGCAUUCUGGCAGGAUUGUUGUUGCGGAGGGAGCCCUUCUUUCGAGGAAAGGACAAUUUGGACCAAUUAGGGACCAUUGUAGCUGUCUUGGGAACUGCCGAUUUGCAUCUUUACAUGAAGCGAUACAAAAUUCCCAUGACACCGGAGAUUCGGGAGAUCAUUGCCAAGUACACGCUACAAGAGGGUGGCACCAAGAAGGAGUGGAGCAGUUUUGUGACGACGCGACCAAACAACAACGAUGAGAAUAAUAAUGGAAACAAAGAACAACAGGUACCAAUACCCAUGCCCAGCAAGAGUGGAUUGGAUUUGUUGUCCAAGUUGCUAGUGUAUGACCAUCAACAACGAUUGACAGCCAAACAAGCCAUGAAGCAUCCCUUUUUUGAUCCGGUGCGAGAUCGAGUCGAACGAGAAGUCAAGGAAAAAAUGCGGUCGAAUCGUGCCAAGUGGAUCAUUGGUAAAGAAAAGAGUUAG